ACGACCUGCUUGGGUUCGCUGUGCCAGUCAGCAUUGAAGGACGCUCCAUCUUGAGAGAGAUCUCCAAAGACAUCAGUGAAUUGGAUACUCCACUGCCUAAGGAGCAGCAGGACAAGUGGCAGGAAUGGAAAGACUCUCUAAAGCACCUGGGACAGCCUUAAGAGCUCCCAUAUGUAUACAUCCAUCUCACUGUCCAAAGCACGAAGAAAGGAAAUGCAUGUGUUUUGUGACGCAUCCACAAAAGCGGUUGGGGCUGUCGCCUACCUGAAACUCACCGCUGCUGAUGGACACAGCGACGGGGGCUUUCUCCUCGGCAAAGCCCGGCUAGCUCCAAAGCCAGACAUCACUAUUCCCAGGUUAGAGCUGUGUGCCGCAGUGCUGGCUGUCGAAGUAGCAGACAUGGUCCAAGAAGAGCUUGACUUUACAUUUGAUGAAGUAAACUUCUACACAGAUUCUAAAGUAGUACUGGGCUACAUUUUCAAUGACAAGAGACGCUUUUAUGUGUAUGUACAUAAUCGUGUAGAACGCAUCAGGCGCUCCAUGCAGGCUCACCAAUGGCAUUAUGUGCCCACACAUUUAAACCCAGCUGACCACGCCACACGUGUUCUGCCUGCUGAGCAUCUUUUGGGCGGUAAUCUUCACCUGCAUGAGUACUCGUGCCAUCCACAUUGAAGUAAUAGAGUCAAUGGACACUUCGUCAUUCAUUAAUGCACUGCGACGUUUCUUCGCCAUCAGAGGCGCUGCCAAGCUGCUCAGAUCAGACUGUGGCACAAAUUUUGUGAGUGCUUGCAGAGAACUUCACAUUGACAAAAGGGGCUGUCACAACGACAAAAUCAACACCUACCUUGGAAACAGUGGCUGUGAGUGGCAUUUUAAUCCCCCACACGCCUCCCACAUGGCUGGAGCAUGGGAGCGCAUGAUCGGCGUCAGUCGGCGGAUUCUAGAUGCAAUGCUGCUGCAGCACGGAAAGGCCAAGCUCACACAUGAAGUGCUGGUGACGUUCAUGUCGGAAGUGACUGCUAUUGUUAAUGCAAGGCCGCUUACAGCAGUUUCCACUGACCCGGAGCAUCCUGAGAUUCUUACUCCUGCCAUGCUGCUCACACAGAAAGCAGCCACGCCCCCAGUCAUCCCAGGCCGCUUUGAUGACCGCGACCUGUUCAGAGCACAAUGGAGACGUGUACAGUAUCUGGCUAAUGUCUUCUGGGGACGAUGGAAGAGGGAAUUCCUCAGUGGACUACAACCUCGUCGCAAAUGGAGAACACCUAAACCAAACCUACAAGUGGGAGAUGUUGUCCUGCUAAGAGAUGGACAAGAGCACAGGAAUGACUGGCCUCUUGCUGUUGUUGCAAAGACCUUUCCUAGCCAGGAUGAAAGGGUAAGGAAGAUCCAGGUACAGAUAACUCGCAACGGUGAACAGAGACUGUACUUGAGACCUAUCAGUGAAGUCAUCCUGCUGGUUCCAAGGAACCACGCCUGAAAGACUCUUCAUAUCCUUUGAAAACAGUGGGUGUGGGUUAGUGUGACAUACUGCUGAUGUCAGACGGGGAGUAUUCUGUCCCUCAGUUUUGUGUUAUUAUUUUACUCCUUUUCUGGAGGUUCAUUUUCUUACAGAUUCAAGCUUUCAGUUUACAGCUAAUCUGGUUACUGUGCCUUCAAGAGAAUCUAGUGAUUUUAAGUUCGUUGUUAAUCGUACACUGCCAUCUAGUGGCGUAUGUUGGAAGCAGGAAGUGCGUCUGGCGGGAGGUGAAAGUGCAGCAGAGUAUGAAAACAUGUCGCCACUUGGUCGAGUCCGUCUACUUCCUCAGCUUUUGCGCUUGUCAAAGGCAUAGUCUUUUUACAAAGUAAAAUGGUUCAGUAAACUGAAGAACGCCUCACGAGUGGUUACUGAAGCCAUAUGUUUAACUCGCUGCAUAGGCUAAAGCUCUUAGCCGAGGGCAGAAGAGUAAAAAGACUAUCUACACAUCAAGUGCAUCGUCGUGGUCCUGAGACUCUCCACGCCAGGGAAAGCAGACAUGUCUAAGCACGGAGACACCCCACCGCUCUCCCAGCUAGAAGUCAGAUCAAAGUGCAGCUCAGCUUCAUCAUGCCAGUCAUCAGCCAGCCUUGCUGCAGCAAAAGCACGAGCCGACGCUGAAGCCGCCAGCACCAGAGCAGAGUACGCCAAGCGCCAAAUAGACAUGGAAGUCGA